UUAUAGACACCGGCGCCCAGUUCGGUUACUACAUUAAUCAGUUAGGGGUCUGGCGCAAGCUAGGCUAUUGUUAUGUCCACUAUAGAUUAGAAAUAAGAAGAGUUGUUUAGAGAUGACGAAAGCUCCGCGAAGACACGGAGCAGCGUUCCUGGUUAGCCCCGCCCUAGGAGUGUAGCGGGAAGGACAGCCUCACAAUGCACGAGUAGUGUCGUCUGCUCGGAGCUCGGGUUCUGCUUGAGUUACCACACUACCUGACGACAAGCGCAGACGACACCGGGCAGCGGAGGAGGCCGGACUGUUUCGCAGGCUACUUCGCUCGUUGUUUCUUCCUCAAGGUCCAUUCCGUCAAUUCACAUCACAUGAAGAACUGAAGUGGCCAUUUUCGUGAAAAAAUCCCCUUUCGUUACAAAAGCACUACCAACAAAAUGGAUGUAGAUUCAUGGAUUACAGUGACAAUUUUAGUGGAUUUAAUAGCCCUCGUGUUCCAAAUCGGGGCAUAUGCCUCCCCCAUGUGGGCCUGGGCCAAGAAGGACACAAGAUACAGAGGGGUUGCUCUAUGGUACACCGUUGGCUGUGGACCACCAUGCACCCCUAUAAAGGACACCGAACUCAACGCAACAUUAGACGGAAUCUAUGACAGUGACGUGGAGUUCCUGGUUCUGCGGGUGCUGCAGUCGGUCGGCCUGGCCGGCAUCCUGGCUCUCACCGUUUUCCUCAUUGUCUACAAGGUCGGCUACAGCGGCAGGUGGAGCAACAUGAACACCGUCAACCUCUCCGCCUUCGUCUUGUGUAUCUUUACAAUUUUGGAUCUCUUAGCCAGCGCAAUACUGUUCGGCGUCAAAUACUACAAUUUCUUCCUGUUCGUUGAAAGCUUCGACUCAACUAGUAUUCCUUGGUCUUGGUUGAUGAGUUUGAUCGCCUGCCUCAUUCUCAUCGUCAUCUGUCUUUUCAUCAGAUUGAAGUGUAGACCGGAGCACGUCGACGGGGCAUCUCUUCCUGUGUCACGUGAUGUGUCUAAGAUGAACCUUCACCCCCACGUGCAGAAUGGCCACGGUGGCAACCGCUAUUACAACCAAACCCCAUAUAUGGACGACAGGUCGAGGUAUAAUGACGACCAUCGGUCCGUGCAGUCUGGGGGUAUGAUCAGAGGCUAUGAUGACUUCGAAGAGCGGAGAAACAACAGUCACUAUUACUCUGAAACACGGAACCCCUACGAAGGUAGACAAAACGGCCAUUACGAGAACAGGGGAUACCAGGCGGAACCAGAGCCAGCAGUCGCCUACCAUAAGCCCACCUCCAGUCAAUUCAAGGACAACCGAGACAGAGAAAUGGGACACACGAUCUACACCGGAAAUGGAUUUUCGUACUUGAAAGGGGAGAUAAGCAGGGGUGAUCGUGAUGAUUCCCGAUACGGCCGUCCGAUGGCGCUCGCUGACUACAGCCAACGCGGCUACGACGACUACUACGAGUCUUCAAGACGCGUCCGGCCACCGACUGGCGGAAGCCGAGUCCUUCCGUCCAGUGUCAGCCCCAGCCCAUACGUAUACAGACCUCACCAGUACUAGUAACACACUGCUAGCAAUGAACGAAUGGCAGUGCAUUUUGUCUUGAACACAAAACAUCCAUUUAAAAUAUUAGGCACAAAAACAGAGUGG